GUAGCAGAGGAAGAGAUAGCAGAAAUGAAGAAGAAGAUUUAGAAGAAAAAAAUAUGCAACAUGAAGCCGGGGAUAUACGGUGAUAGGGGCGUGGUAGGUACAAAAGGUUAUGCAAUGCGUCAAUCAUUACUUUAAUUUUAGUUUUGGAUUGGUUUGAAUUAGUUGGAAUCUCUCCAAGUUUUAGGGCAAUUCAAAAAAUUAACAUGUUGUAGGAGUUAAAAAGCAUGCAAGAACAUUGUGGCUUUUUUUGUACCAAGAAAUCUUGAAGGGUAUAGUAGUAUAGAACCAGAAUGUUUUGCUAUGAGAUGAUAAGCAUCCUCGGUGUGCUUGAAAUGAUAUAAAAUUUCAGUUAAAUCAGUUACCUGUAUGCAUGCUUUGUUCGUAAUGAUCAUGAUAAGCCAUAGAAGAAAAAUCAACUGUAGUAUAUUGUCUGCAAGUUGGUUGCUGUCUUCCAUCUUGUUCUUGUACAUACUCUUGUUGUUUUCCUGUCGUGUGGAUUAUUGCUAUGCCACAGAUACUCUGAAGCAGGGCGACUGGAUUACUGACAAUGGAAAAACCCUUGUCUCCAGUGGAGGAAGGUUUGAACUGGGAUUCUUUACCUCCUCUAACCACAAAAGGUUCGUUGGGAUAUGGUACAAAUGGGAUCGACCAACAUAUGUAUGGGUUGCCAACAGAGACAACCCGGUAAUUAACAGCUCCACGGACGUUUAUUUUGGAAUUGCAGAAGAUGGCAACCUUCAGGUAUGGGAUAUUGCUGGAAAGGUUUAUUGGAAUACAAGUGUUGAGAAUUCUUCGUCUACAAAUCGAUCUGUGAAGCUCAUGGAUUCUGGAAACCUGGUCUUAAGAGAUGAUCAGUUGGCGAGGAGUCAGUGGGAGAGCUUCCAAAAUCCAACGGAUACAUUUCUUCCAGGUAUGAAGAUGGAUGAAGAGUUGACGUUGACUUCAUGGAUAGGUGAUGGUGACCCGGGACCCGGGAACUUCACGUUUAAGCAAGAUCAAGAAGGAGAGGGCUACUACGUUAUCUCCAAAAAGCCAAAGCCACUCGUUUAUUGGAGAAAUUGGAUCUUGGGUGAAAUGCGCGAUACCAUAGCUAACUUGUUAUUAAAUGUCACCAGAUCCAACAGUACGGCCAGCUGCGAGCAGUAUAAGAAAUCGUCCUGGUUGGAGUAUGCCAAGUGUAUAGCUAAUUACAAGAAGAAUUCUAAUGAUAGUUGCGCAAGGUUAGUGAUGAAUUAUACGGGGGAAUUACAGUGCUAUCAGAGCGGGGAUUUGACAUGGAGGGAACCGGAAAACGAAUGUAGCUUUUACAAUGCUUGUGGGAAUUUCGGAAGCUGCAAUGUUAACAAUAAGUUGGAAUGCAAAUGUUUGCCCGGGUUCCAGCCUGCUAACCAGGGGAAUUGGAAUUCUAGUGAUUUUUUGGAUGGGUGCAUCAGAAAUUGGAAAUCAUAUGACAAGAGCGACAAGUUCUUGAGCUUAAAGAUGAUGAAAGUGAGCAAACCAGACACUGAUGUGGAGGCAAAAAACGAAACAGAAUGCAGAAAGGCGUGCCUUGACAACAACCAGUGCCAGGCUUAUUCAUAUGCUCUAAGCCGCUCGCAACGAACUCACAGGACCUACAAAUGUUGGAUUUGGACUUCUGAUCUAAUUAAUCUUCAAGAGGAGUACACAAAAGGUGGUAGUGACCUCUCUGUCCGCGUGGCAAAAUCUGCUAUAGAAUCAACUGUCAGAAAUUGUGAGCCUUGUGGCACAAACUUGAUCCCCUAUCCGUUGAGCACUGGACCAAAUUGCGGUGACCCAAUGUACUUCAAUUUCUACUGCAACGAUUCCACAGGCCAGGUUAGCUUCAGCAUGGCCAAUGGCAGCUAUCGAGUUGCGAGUAUCGAUCCAAGCACACGAAAAUUUGUCAUUCAAGAAAAACACGCAGAAAAUCCUGAUGCUAGAAAUUCAUUAAGAAAUUUGCUCAGUGGGCCAUUUAAUGUGACCGGUUGGAAUUUCUUUGGCAACAAUAAUUCUGAAGCUGAAGUUCACAUCAUUUGGGAGACCCCGCAACCGCCAACUUGUACUUUACCCAGAGACUGCAAGUACUUGCCAAAUUCAAGUUGCCAAAAAGCAAAAAAUGGAAAGAAGAGGUGCCUUUGCACUACAAAGUUCCAAUGGAAUGGCAUAAAUUUAAAUUGUACUAAAGAGCUUGUAGAAGUUGAUUUUCCUCGGCCUUCAAAAGAGUAUUCAAAAGGAAAGAAAUCGUUGACUUUGAUUGUUAUGAUACCUCUAAUAGCAGUGUUUCUUCUCGCAAGUUCAAUUGUUUGUAUAUAUUUGUGGAGAAGAAAUAUGGUCAAGAGACAAGAAAACACAAGAAGCGGUGGAAGAAAUCGAGUACUUCGCACAUUAGAUAGUGAAAGACAUCUCCAAGACAUGAUGGGCCCGGGUGAGUUCAGAGAAGAAGAUGAGAAAGGCAUAGAUGUACCCUUUUUUGAUUUGGAAAGCAUUCGAGCAGCUACAGAUAACUUCUCAGAUGUCAACAAGCUUGGACAAGGAGGCUAUGGGCCUGUAUAUAAGGGAACAUUUCCAGAUGGUCAAGAAAUUGCGGUAAAAAGGCUCUCAAGUGUCUCAGGACAAGGCUUACAGGAAUUUAAAAAUGAGGUGAUGUUGAUUGCAAAACUUCAACAUAGAAAUCUUGUCAGACUUCGGGGAUAUUGCAUAAAAGGAGAUGAAAAGAUUUUACUCUAUGAGUACAUGCCCAACAAAAGCUUAGAUUCAUUUAUAUUUGAUCAAAAGCUAAGCAUGCGUUUGGACUGGGAAAUGCGCGUCAACAUUAUUUUGGGAAUAGCUCGUGGGCUUCUUUAUCUUCACCACGACUCUAGAUUGAGGAUCAUUCAUAGAGAUCUAAAAACCAGCAACAUCCUUUUAGACGAGGAAAUGAACCCCAAAAUAUCUGACUUUGGCUUGGCAAGGAUUGUUGGAGGCAAAGAAACUGGGGCAAACACAACCAGAGUAGUUGGAACUUAUGGCUAUAUGUCUCCAGAGUAUGUAUUAGAUGGACUUUUCUCAGUUAAAUCCGAUGCUUUUAGCUUUGGUGUAGUUCUACUUGAGAUUAUAACUGGAAAAAAGAAUACAGGAUUUUAUCAGUCAAAACAAGCUAUGAGCCUUAUAGGUUAUGCGUGGAGAUUGUGGGUUGAAGAGAAGGUGUUGGACUUAAUGGACCCAGCUCUACAAAAUGUUUGCAAUGCAGAUCAGUUUGUGAAGUGUGUAAAUGUUGGACUCUUGUGCGUACAAGAAGAGGACAUGCGGCUAUGGAAUGUGAAGAAUGAAAGACGAGCUGCUUGCUUUUGGAACUUAGACAAGCUGAACAAGGAGACAUCUCUUUAUUUGACGCAACUGGAAGAUGAAAAUUUGAGAGCACACGACGGACCACACGUAAGGUGGGAUGACCUAGUUGGGAAUGCCAUUGAGAAGUAG